UGUAGAUUCCCUCGGCAGGAUGAGCAGCAACCCGCUGGCCGACAGGAUGCAGGCUCGGCUGGAGAGGGCGAAGGCCAUGAGGGACGAGGACAAGCUGUACAGACACAACGGGGUGCUGUACCCCACCCUCAUGUGUCCGGAGGAACAUUUAAGGUGUCUGGACGGCCUGGAGGCCAGAGACGACGACAUCCUGCUGGUGGCUUAUCCUAAAUGUGGAUUUAACUGGAUGGUUGGCGUUAUGAAGAAGGUCAUUGCAGAGGCCACCCAGACGCAGAACGAAUCCAAGAUUUCCCCGCUGAUCGAGUUCUUUGGCCCAGAAGUCUUGAAGGCUGUGGUUGAGGCUCCGUCUCCCAGGUUUCUGGGAACUCACCUUCAUCCAGACAUCAUGCCGUCCUCCUUCAGCCAGAAAAACAAAGAUGGUGUGGUCUUCAGGAACCCAAAGGACACCUUGGUCUCCUACUAUCAUUUCUGCAACAACAACCCGGUUCUGCCGUCUGUGGAGUCCUGGGAUUCUUUCUUCUCCCAGUUCAUGAAAGGAGACGUUGCCUGGGGUUCGUACUUUGACUACGCCUUGGCCUGGAACAGGAGGAUGGACGACCCCAACGUCCUGCUGGUGACCUUUGAGGCCCUGAAGCAGGAUCUCAGCGCAGGCAUCCGGCAGAUCUCCAGCUUCCUGGGCUUCAGCCUGACGGAGGCGCAGGUGCAGCAGGUGGCAGCGGGCAGCACCUUCAACGCCAUGAAGGAGAGUUCAGCCAGGUCCCACGGCAACAUGGGAAACGUCAUCUUCAGGAAAGGUGAGGUUGGAGACUGGAGGAACCAUUUCAGUCCAGAACAGAACCGAGAAAUGGACCAAGCUUUCAGCAAACACCUGGCAGGAACAACACUGGGAGCACAGCUGGACUACCAGCGUUACUGUCAGUAGAGGAGGAGGAGGGAGAGAGGAGAACCAGUAGAUGGAACCUUCUCCUCCUCCUCAAGGAGGAGGAGGAGGAGGAGGGGGGGAGGAGGAGAAGGAAGAGGAGGAGGAGUGUAGGUGGAGCGUCGGUCGGUUCUGCCUGACAGACUGAACUCAGGGCAAAACAGAAAACAGAAAAAUAAGACACAAUAAUUUGGUUAUAAUCGGUUUUAUUUCACUGCAGUAUUAAAAAUAACGUUUGAUAUUUUGAAGCAAUUUAAGCAACUUAUGAUAAACUGAAAGAAAUAAACAUGAUGAAAUGAACAGCAGAGAAGGAGCAACAAAUAUUUAAUAGAAAUGUUAGAAACUGAAACUUAUUAGAUUAUUAAAAAUUAAUAUUUCAUUUGGUUCUUCUAGUCCCUUUAAAUAUUAAACAGGAUUUUGUUGGAUUUUCUUAUUUUUUUAUUUUUGUUUCUUGGAUAAAUCCCAUGAGGAUUAAACUUAAAUCAUUGUGAAAAAUACUUUAAUGAAAUAAAUGACAUUUACAAGCAACAUAUAAUUUUGCUGAUAUUUUCCCAUGAAUCCAAAACACUGAUUUUGUUCAUAAACAGAAUAUUAGCAGAACUUUGCUUCAUUUAUAUUUGACUGAAAAUCUGGACUGAAUUCAUUUUGUGCAAUAACUUUAAAUGACAGAAAAUAUGAACAGCAAGUUUUGGGGAAACACUUGUUAUUGUCUGAGGAGGAAGAUCCAGAAUGAGGCAAGAAAAAUGUUAAAUUAUCCAGAAAAACUUUUAAUUCAUAGCAGUGAGUCUGAAACAAAAGCUAAAC